CGGCCACAGGUAGUGUUGGUGACGGCGUCGCUAGCAGUCAGUGUUGCCUCUGUGAUGUCCGCCUGGUGCAUGGUGAAAGUUGUCCAGGGUUCCUCCUUACCUGCUGGAGUGUUCUGUGUGUGUGUUUAAGUAAGAGUGCCUGAUGCUCAAGGGUUCAGCUGGUUGAAAGUGCAGCUUUAGAGACGUGCCGUGGUGUCCAGAUCAAAUGUGUGCGAAUUUGAAGGAGUCGAGCAAACUACGUAAUUUUUAAGAGGAAGUUGUGAGGGUAGUGGUGGCCUCGCCUGCCAUUGUUGAGGCAACGAUAAUAUCCCUUCUCUAACUCCACGGGAUACCCAGAGAAGAGGACCAAGACGACGGCAUAAACUCUUCAUUAUUGACGAAGGAGCGCUUGUAGUGGCAGGGUCGAAGUGUCACACCGAUGGAGAAUAUGAGAGUGGAGGCGUGUUGACCUUGAGUGUACCUGCGUCAAUUACUAAGAGGAAUGUACCCCGUGACCGGCCAGCCCCGUGCCCACCCUGCCUCCACCUUGCUGCACCAGGGCUAACAAUCUCUCUCCUCCACCCAACCACGAUAAAGGAUUUUACUUUAUCCCCGUGCAUGUUGCGGGUUGAAGAAAGUGGUAAUGUGGAUUGGUUGAUAAGAUUUAGUGAAGAACUGCAAUAACCAGUGAUACAGUGAACCAAAAGGUCUAAUAAACCUUAAAGUGAAUAGCUGAUAAAGUGGCUGAUCAAAUAAAAAACUGUGCCUUUUUUUAGUGAAAUAAGUUGUGUUCAACAGUGUGUAGAGGAAGUGAACGGUGAUUAACGGAGGCCGUAUAAUCUGACCAGUAUAGCCACAUGCACCAGCUGCUGCUGCGACGCCUACAAACAGGCCUCCCUGCUGGAGGCAUCAAGGCUUCAGGGCGCCCUCCUGUUGGGUGCCGCUAGGAUGUCAGGAUGGAGCGGGACAGACGAGGGCUCCGUUUGUCAGCUGGGGGUGCGCUGCUCACACUGUUUGCCUUCGUGGCAGCCGUCGCAGCAGCUUCCUCCCCCAACUGGGCCUCCUUCACCGUAUACACUCUUGGAACAGGCAGCAUGAGUGGGUACUUCGGCCCAUGGAGAGUAUGUCAGUCUGGCCAGUAUGGCAUCGAUCAUUGUGUGGGCCAAUCCUCUAGACUCCAAAGAACAUGGGCAUCGCUGGUGGCUGGGUUGGGGUCAGCGGCAUGUGCACUGUUCCUCGGUGUAGCCAUGGUGAUGUGCCCUCUGCUGGUCAUGAUGCACGUCACGUUUGUCAAGGCGGUGAUCAAGUUCCGCCAUGCGACACUUCUCAAGAUGGUCUGUACAGCCGCUUCAGUGCUGUGUGGAGUCAUCAGUGUACUCUUCUUCAUGUUGGAGGUGUUCAUUUUCCGCGUUGGCCAGCAGUCUGGCCUCUACGUCAUACUCAGUUGGGCCUUUAUAUUACAGGUGAUGGCAGUGGUUAUAGGUGUGGUGGCGGGUGUGGGUGCAGGAAUAGAGUUUGGGUGGUCUCGCAAGCUUGGCGGGGAUCCUACAGUAUACAAUCGAGAUCCAGAGGGCAAAGCUGCCACUACCAUCUCCAACCCAAACUUCAAGGACACUGGCAAUGGUCAUGCACACCAUAGCAGAACAGGAAGCAGAGGCAGGGGUAGCCAACGUGGGGCACGAGUGCAUCGCAACUCCAAUGGAGUGGCAAUGACACAGUUGAGUGGUCAGCCAUACAUGAUCACAGCCAAUGGAAGUAAUGGUCACGUUAGAGCCAAUGGUGUAGUGGCCUUUGACCCAAAUAAAACUCCGCUGAGGUCUUCCCUCAGGAAGCCCAAACCUGCCCCCCCAGAAGAUGCCCCAGAUUCCUCCAUGGGUAUUCAAAAUUUGGCCUUUACUCAGUCUAGCCCAGUGCCUAAGAAAAAAGUCCGAAUCCAUACACAAUCCACAUCAGUGUAGAAAUGCUCAAUUCAUAUUUUGUAUAGUGCUGCAAAGUUUAUACUAAGUGCCACCAGCUCUUGGCAGCUAAAUACUACCUGGUUCAUACCAAACUAGUGCCACCUAUUCUGUAACAGAUCUGUGCCUGUCAGCUCAUGUCAUAUCAGUUUUGGAUGCCUGGCAUAAUUAGAGGUGUACUGUACUCAUGUUAAGUUUAUUGACCCACCCCGGUGAUAUGAUGAUACAGCCCAGUGAAUGAACUACACACUGAUUGUGUGUAAGAGCAUGUGACCUUGUAACUUUUACCGGUACAGUACACGUGUUAAACGUAAUUUUUGAAAGUUGUGUCACAUAGAUUACAAGUGAUUAAAAUUUUAUUUUGUUGGAACAAUAUUUUUAUUUUACGUUAUCUGAAUACUGUAUUACAAUAUUUUUAGCAAACCAUUUGCCAGAAACUGUUCUGAAACACAGCUGUUGUGUAAGUGUUACAUUGAUAUAUUGCUAUCAGAGCUUUGGCUAGUGGUAAAUAAACUUUGAUCACAGAAAGAAUACUGCCAGUCAUGGAUGUACUGUGCGCCCACAGUUGUGAAUGUCUCCAGGCUGAUUGAUAAAAAAUGAGCAAGGAAUCGCUCAAAAGUGUUCAUACAGUACUUGAAAAGAAAGUGAAAGAGGUUUUAGUGACAGGCUCAAAACUAAAUUGUUGUUGAUGGUUAUAAGACUGUUUGAUUCACUAUUUGCAAUGCAACACUAAUUGAGCCAUAUUAUUAACAGUAUACUUUAUCUAUAUUUUCAUAGUGGCUUUUGUAAUGAAACCAUUGGGGCAGCUGUACCCAUGAACAAUCUGUGCCAAGAUAUUAUAGGAGGGACAAUAUUCUGUCAGCAGUGCCCAUGGGUAUCAUAGGUACCCCCUACUGGUGCCAGUUGGACAUUAUUGCUAUUGGGACAAAUGAUAUGAAAGUUGUAAAUCACUAUUAUACAGUAUAUUCACCUGAAAUCUUGUUGUUGGUUAUAGUAUUUUGAGCAGAGUCAAGAAAUUCAGGUAAUAUGUCUAUGGAAAUAUUAUUUAUAAGGAAAGGAAGUAUCGGAAAGUUAUUAAGUGAUCAAGUGCUCACACACCACAUCACAUAACACCACAUCAUCAUCACACCACAUCACAUAACACCAAAUCACAUAACACCACAUCACAUAACACCACAUCACACCACACCACAUCACACACACACACUCACAGAAAACUACUCACACAAAACCACUCGCACCAAACCACACACACACUCACCCAGUGAUCGUACUGUACAGUCCUGUAUCGAUUAAUCCGGAUUACAACAUUGUUUCUCAAAUUUUAUUCCUUAAUAGCAAUACUUAAUAAUAAUAUUCUUGGCAACUCUUCACAACAGGUCAAACUCAAGCACAUGUUAUAAUUUUGUUAAAUUAUGAAUUUUAUAUAUACAGGUACUCCUCGACUUACGACCUACUCGAUUUACGACCAGCCGGACAUACGACUGCCGCAGUCGUAUAAAAUAUUUUUCAAUUUACGUAUUUUCGAGUCCCGACGUUAGUGAUUGCGCUGUGUACUGACAAAAUUAUCGUUUGUAAUUAACUUUAAAUUGCUGGCAAGCUUAAAAGUGAGAGUUCUCGUGGUGCUGAGAAGAAAAAGAGACACCCAUUUUAGAUUUUCUAUGCAUUAUUUUCGCAUUUUCGACCUACGACCUGGUCGUCGGCCCCUAACCCCUUCGUAAGUCGGGGACUGACUGUACUACCCAAAUUAAAAAAUGCAUUGACUUGUACUGUAUAGAAAAGCAGCUUUAAUUUUUUAGUUUGUACUUUUAAUAAUAUGUAAAGAUAUAAAUAAGUAUUAACACCUUAUUAUUUUCAUUUUAUUGUUUUGGUAAACACCAUAUUUAUUGUUAUGAAUCUAGAACAUAUUUUCUAAAUGUAAAUCUCCAUGAUUAUAUUUUAGUUGAUCA